UUUUUUUAGGUGAAAACGGGGUAUAGUAUUGGCUCGCCUCUCUUUGCCUGCGUUUCAUCAUGACACAUACACGUAAAGGGGGCAUCUUUGUUUCCAGGCACAACCCAAUUAACAGAGAACAGAGAAAGCCUUCAAAUGUCAGGAAGUUUGAGUGAGCCCAGUUAAACCAGGGAGGUUUUGGAAGCUUAACAAGCAUUCCUAAGCACCUAUAAAAACCUCAGAAGUCACAAUAUUCCAUCUGUUUAUGUUCCUUUGGGAAUGAACCCUUCAUAUGUCUCUGGAUACUUUUCAUUCCUGUACGUCUUUACUGCAAUAGCUAAUGUUCUUGUUGCUCUGUGGCUUUGGCAGUGUUUGUGGCAUUGCAGUCAAUCAAUCCACUCGGAUUUAAUGUGCCGCACAAACAGGAGUCUGAUUGCCAAUUUUGGGCAAGGAAGGUUAGAUGCGAGUGUUGAGACAGCUGUCAGCUUUUGUUGCCAGUGCGGCACAACUGCUAGCCUGUGUCUUUAACGUUUAUGAUGCAGUAGGGACACACAACCACACGCUGGUACGGGACUUCUCCAGGUCAAAUUAAACGUGUUGCACAGAACCUCAUGGUCAGAGUUGAAUCAAACCUUCGUCCUAAGUCGCCUUCAACAAUCUUCGGAGUUGUAUCAUAUCUCGUUUCUUUCAUGCAACAAACAUGCAUGAAUCGGCAUGCACAUUGGCCUAGUUUAGAAUUUAUGUAAAACAUUCCUUUUGUUUAAAGAAAGUCUGGUCCAUUAUUCUGAUCUUUAAAUGACCAGCGUCUGGAUUUGGGUACCGAUUAUGUUGGGGGGGAAAAAAGGCUUGCCCACCAGGGUAGGUCAUGCUGAAGAGAUGGUUGCCAAAAGGUGCUGCCACAGUGGCACUUGCGCUGCUUCCUCUGCAAGGAGUGGCCUCGCUGGUGUGUGCCGCAAGUGUCUCCCUUUGUCUGGUGGUCUGUUGCCGGUGCAUGCCCGUGUAUGCUGCUGUGGCGUGCUGUGGCGUGUGCGGGGGGCAAGAGGCAGGGGCAUUGAUGCUAAGUGGGGUCAGCGGGUGCGGCGGCAGGUCCCUGGACGGACGCCUUCAGGUGUCUCACCGCAAGGGGUUGCCCCACGUCAUCUACUGCCGGCUGUGGCGCUGGCCGGACCUGCAGAGCCACCACGAGCUGAGGGCCACCGACAACUGCCAGUAUGCAUUCAACCUCAAGAAGGACGAAGUCUGCAUCAACCCCUACCACUACCAGCGGGUAGAGACUCCCGCUCUGCCACCGAUCUUGGUGCCACGCCAGUCGGGUGACCUGCCUACAGAGCUUCCCAUCUUGGACGAUUAUGCCAACUCCGUUCCCGAGAACACAAACUUCCCAUCGAGCUUAGACGUACAGACUUUUCCUCUCACAGAGACACCUCCGCCUGGUUACAUGAGCGAGGACGGAGAGAACACUGAUCAAAAUGGUGCAGACAGCAUGGACACAGUACUGCUCUCUUCUCCAAGCCCUUCUCCAGACGUGCAGCCGGUGACGUACACGGAGCCGGCGUUCUGGUGCUCCAUCUCGUACUACGAGCUGAACACGCGGGUCGGGGAGACCUUCCACGCCUCGCAGCCCUCGCUGACCGUGGAUGGCUUCACGGACCCUUCGAGCUCCGAGCGCUUCUGCUUGGGGCUCUUGUCCAACGUCAACCGCAACUCGGUCGUCGAGCAGACACGCAAGCACAUCGGGCGCGGUGUGCGGCUGUACUACAUUGGAGGCGAGGUGUUUGCAGAAUGCCUCAGCGACAGCAGUAUCUUUGUGCAGAGCCCCAACUGUAACCAGAGGUACGGUUGGCAUCCAGCAACAGUCUGCAAAAUACCACCAGGCUGCAACCUGAAAAUCUUCAACAACCAGGAGUUUGCUGCCUUGCUGACGACGUCUGUGUCGCGCGGCUUCGAGGCAGUGUACCAGCUGACGCGCAUGUGCACCAUCCGGAUGAGCUUCGUCAAGGGCUGGGGUGCCGAGUACCGGCGCCAGACAGUGACCUCCACCCCGUGCUGGGUGGAGCUGCACCUCAACGGGCCCCUGCAGUGGCUGGACCGCGUGCUCACCCAGAUGGGCUCGCCCCGCGUGCCCUGCAGCUCCAUGUCGUGAGCCGGGCCGCUCCACCCCGGUGCCUGCCUCACGCUCCCUCGCUCCGACCCUCCGCCGCUCCACGGGUGCUCUCUGGCGGGUCGUCCGCCCCGGCCUCCUCGAGAGGGGAGGCGCGUGUGCCGCUAGAACCGUUGCCAUUCGCGGGGUAACGGUGACGGGUUUUCUUCUGCGCGUCUGCACGACGGCAGCCUUUACGACUUUGUGGGGAAUGGAGACCGUUGCCAAUUUGCACGGGUCUUUUGGAACGAAUUCUAUUUGGAACGGGAGGGGGGGUCACUUGUUCGAAGUUGAGUGUUCUUCGGUGGACGACAUCGCGGGGGGAAGUGCGACCGAGGAUACGUGUUGGAGGUGAUCUGUCCCGUCGUUGGGCUAUGGAACAAUUUGAAGCGGCCUUUUGUGGCUCCGUGUUGGCAGCGAAUUUGCCGAAUGCUUGGGUUUUUUCGCUUUAAUGGGCUUGUUUAUCUAAAGCAAGUUUUUGAGCUUUCGAAAUGUUUUGUUACCAAAUAUUCGCUUCUAUUCCAGAAGGUACGUAGGGCUCGACUCGUCCUGUGGGCGAUUGCCCGGAAUGUUCUCGUUCGGUGCUUGCGGCUGUCGCAAAGUCUCUGUCCGCAACGAAACAGGGUCUAGGGUCGGUGCCCUCUCGAGCGACCUCCGGUUGUUUCCUUCCUUGUGGCACACGAGGGGGAACGCUUCCUCUCAUUGGGAAUUAGGUUAAUGUUAAUUAGGUGGUACUGUAUACAUCUUAAUGGGUAUCCCAUAAUUCUUUGGGCUUCUAGGGAAAUCUAAAGUACUAUAAUGAAACUAAAUUGACCAACUAACUUUUGCUGUUUUGAACUUCUUUUUUUUUUUUGUUUGAGAAUUUAGAAUAUUCGGUGCGAUAAACAAAUCUAAAAAAAGAUGUGCUUCGUAGUUACGGAGUGUGAAUGUGGCAGGUGCAGGCGAAAUGGCGUUGCAUAUGCAACCUGUUGGAUGGUGGUUCUCGGACGAGCAAGGGGGUUGGAGUCAGGAUCAACGGAGGGGGUGGGGGUGUAGCAGUUUGAGGGUGGAUGGUUUCACAGGGUGCUGAGCGAAGGAAGAAAGGUUUUUGUGUGUGUCUGAACAUGGCAUCUUGUUUUAUGUGUGUGUUUGUGCUGUCCACUCUGUCCCACCAUUCAUCCAUAAGCGUGAGGUUUUUUUUCGUUGAAGUUGUUCCGCACACUGCGCCCCCGAGUUCCGAGCAUGCGGUAACGGAAAUGUGGGAUUGCCCGACGGCUGUUAAGGAGUUUGCGGGGGCCUGUUGCUAACUCUGGUGUCAAAGGUGGCUGGGAAUUUGCAGCCAGAAGAGGUGUCCUUGGCCAAACACUGGCAGUGGAGCUGGGCCUUCACUUUUUUUUUCUCAUGUUUUCUCCUUGAGCAUUAUUUUCUCUGAAAGUUGGUGUCAUCGGUGGCUCUUUGGACAGGCUGUGGCUAUACUGUAAGGCUGGCUUACGCUCUCUUGUCACUGUUCCGUAACAUGUCGUGUGUUGUGCAUUAACGCCGAUUGGGUUUGGCCCCAUCGCUGAAGAUGUCUGAAUUGUGCUGUGUCAGUGGUCGUCUGUCCUCUCAUUUUAACGAAACAUUUUAGAUAACUUAUCGGAGAACAAACCGAAAAAAGAUCCUUGCUGUAAUUUUGUAUUAACAUUUCACAGUGCCGCAUCUUGAAAAUUUGUUCGCAAAAUGUAUGAUACAAGCGGCUUUUAUUCCGAUAUUAUUUUGUCACCCAGCAAUGCUGAGUCAGUUAGUUUUAGCGGUUUCUUUGUUUUUUUCAUUAACAUGCUGUAAUUGCGUACUGAGUUCUUGGAGAUAAGUGUGACUGAUUGGUGUCGGAGCACACCUGCCUAAUUGGGAGGUUGUGCACUAUGGAAAUUUACAUCAGUGUCUGUCUUGCACCCAAAAUAGUCUCCCAGCUAUUUGUAUCGGGAGGCAUUUCGGUAAAUGCCACCUUGAUACCAUUUGAGGAAUGUUUUAGGUUAAGGUUUAAGUAAUCUGGCUGGCCUUGAAAUUGAUUGCUAUUAUGAUAGCUUUGUAUCACUAAAUUUACGUGGCUGGUUUAUACGACUAUACUCCGUUUCACCUUCCGUCCGAGCACAGCGGACGCUA